ACGCGUGCGCACUGAGGUUUCAUUUGCUGAUGCAAGACAGUUUAGUGAAUAGGCUUGGAUAGAUUGAGCUGUAAUUCCUGACUGAAUCUUUCUGAGUGAAGCGGCGUUAAUACAGCAAACAUGUCGGAGGACGAGAUCUUAUUUGACCCCACCACAACUAAGAAGAAGAAGAAAAAGAAGAAGCCUUUUAUGCUGGAUGAGGAAGGCGAUGGAGUUGGAGAGGAGACGCAGCAGGUUGAGCCUCGUGAAGUCGAGCCUGAGCCAGGAGAGGAGCGUGAAGUGGAGUUUGAGAAAGAGGAAGAGACUAAAAGAGAGACAACAGACGAUUUGGACGACUUAAAUUUCCUCAAUCAAAAGAAAAAGAAAAAGAAGGGCAAGAAAGUUUAUGACAACAUUGAGGAAGGCAUGAAGGAACUGAAAAUUGAGGGUGAUCAACUUGAAGCAACGGAGGAUGAUAACUUGGACCCAAUGUUCCCAGCAAAGAAGAAGAGACCUAAGAAGGUGGAGUUUGUGGAUGAUGGUGACCUACCUGAGAAAGAUGAUGCUUUGGAAGAUGACGAGGUUAAAAAUGCUGAUGGCAUCAUGUUCAGUUCUUCGAUUGGUCCAGCCUGGGCAGGCUCAGAGAGAGACUACACAUAUGAUGAGCUGCUGAGUCGCGUGUUUAACAUCAUGAGAGAGAAGAAUCCCGACAUGGUGGCUGGAGAAAAGAGGAAGUUUGUCAUGAAGCCUCCUCAGGUGGUGCGAGUGGGAACAAAGAAAACAUCCUUUGUCAACUUCACAGACAUCUGCAAACUAUUACAUCGACAGCCCAAACAUCUUUUGGCUUUCUUGUUGGCUGAGUUGGGAACAAGUGGUUCCAUAGAUGGAAAUAACCAACUGGUGAUUAAAGGCAGAUUCCAGCAGAAACAAAUAGAAAACGUCUUGAGAAGAUAUAUUAAGGAAUAUGUGACCUGCCACACGUGCCGCUCACCGGAGACCAUUCUGCAGAAGGACACUCGGCUCUACUUCCUGCAGUGCGAGACGUGUCACUCGCGCUGCUCCGUGGCCAGCAUCAAAACAGGCUUCCAGGCCGUCACCGGCAAGAGAGCGCAACUCCGCGCCAAAGCCAACUAAUGACACAACCUCUUCUCAUGCUAAUCCCACUUUCAGUACCCUAUGCUGCCCCAUAUUGCCGCUUCAACUGUUUAACAGUUUAGUUUAUCCUCAGUCAUGGACUUUUGGAGUGAACUGUGAGAGUUUGAAGUGACUUUUAUCGUAUAUCAGAAAGAAUACGUUACCGUACGGUAUAGGCACAAAGAAUGCAAAGCUGGAUGAGAAAUGCAGGGCAGGUUGGCAAGGCGUUAUAUAUUCUCAAAUCUAUUGCGUGUGCACACUAAGAGCAGAUUUUGCUUUUCUAUUCUGCAGAGAUUAAGAAAGGUAUUAAGAAACACUGUGGUGUCUCAAUCACAGUUGGAAUUUGGAUGUGUUUCAUGCUGACUGGUUUUGUUUUUCUAAUACAGAACCACGUAUAAGCCUGUAUGAAGAAUCAUUUCAUAAUUUCAUUUUUUUUCCUUACAGCUACAUCUGUAACAAACCCAAACUCCUUUACUGCCAUGUUUAGGAUUUGGGUUGCUUAAUUGAUGAACUAAACACAUUAACAUUUAAUCAUCUCUGAACAGUAAAGCAACCCUGCAUAACUCUUUUUGACAGAAUUAGUGCAGGUUGUUUACAAAAUAUGGGGCAGCAGAUAUAAUGUUUCUGUUGAACUUAAUAAGAUGGGUCUCAUUGUUUAAAACUGAUUUUUAAUAAAAAGUAUUCCAUAGCACUGUCA